AGAAAUGCGGAGAGAGAAUUAGAGAAGAGAGAGAAAUGACAAAGAGGAAAAGAAGCGCGAGCGCUUCCCAGAGAAAGGGAUAAAUAGAGAGAGAAAGAGGGAGUGGAGAGAGAGGUACUGGUCAUGGUUUUGUACAAAGGUAGCAGGCUUUUUUUUACCUUCCUCUUUAUACAGAUAAAGCAGAGUAAGAGCGAGAAUUUCAUCUCUCUCUAAAAACAGCUUGAAUCUCAUCAUUCUCACUCUAUAUAAGAGCGAGAAUCACGUCAUUCUCUCUCUUCUCUUUUCACCUAUAUGGACAACAAACCUACGGCUCGCAAUCACGGUGAAGAUUUAAAUGAGUGCAUUGAUAUGCUGACCAAGAACAGUUAUCAGAGCAGGCGUGGCAGCCUUGCAGAGAAAACCCUAAAUUUUACGAUAAGCUUUCUCCUCCCUUUUAUCUCUUUCCGUGCCCUAAUUUUUAAUCGGAAAACGUCAUUUCCGGCCUCUUCAUCACCGGAAUCAGGUGGCUCGGCGAUUUUUUUCAGGUGAAUUUUGAUCUUUCAUUGGUGAAUUUUAGCAGAAAGAGUAAUGGUGGCCGCUGAUGCUGCCUCUUCUUCUUCGUCUCCUUCAUUUUCUUCUUUGCCUUUGCCUUCUCCAAGAACUCCACCGAGUUAUCCUGAUUUAUAUGGAAGGUAUCGGAAGCAGGCCGAGCUACAAAACCUAGAUCGAGAAAUAACGUAUUUGCAGGAGGAGUUACGGUCACUUGAAAGCCUUCCACCUGCUUCUAUUUGCUGCAAAGAGGUUGAUGACUUCGUGGGGAUAAAUCCUGAUCCAAUGAUACCUAUAAAUCACAAAGUUCGUAGAUCAUACCGUAUCUGGAAGAUAUUUAGAGUCUGUUCCUGUUUCAACUUUUCAUGGAUUUGCUGUUGCAAAGGGUGCUCGAUUCGCCUGGAAAAACCUCGCUGCCUUUGUAAAGCAGUGAAGAAGCCAAGAUGUUUAUGUCGAUUGCCAUCUUGUCGAUCUUGUUGUAAGGUUCCUUCUCUUCCUCGCCCCAAAUGCUCUUCUUGCUGUGCUUGUUCUUUCUCCAAAUGUACAUGCAUAUUUUCUUGCCCAAAUUGUUGGUUAUGCUAAAGAAACUCUCUCUCUCUCUCUCUCUCUCUCUCUCUCUCCCUCUCAUGUUACUUAUAUUCCAAACACUCUUUUGCUUAUUCUUUUAUUACUAUGAACUGCUCUUGUAUAGAUCUUGCAUAAUCUAGUUUUCCAUCAGUUAUUCCCUUGUAAUGUACUUGUGCCAUUCCAUGAAUAACAAGAGCCUUAUCAGAGACUUUUUGAACAGUCAUAGACCCUCACAGUCAAGGGUGAAGAACACGCUGAAACCUAAAUAAGUCUCCAUUUAUUUUA